AGCGGGGGAGGGGCAGAGAGAGAGGGAGACACAGAAUCCAAAGCAGGCUCCAGGCUCUGAGCUGUCUGCACAGAGCCUGAAGCAGGGCUCGAACUCACGAACUGUGAGAUCAUGGCCUAGCCGAAGUGGAUGCUUAACCGACUGAGCUACCUAGGCGUCCCUACUCUUUAUUAACUCUUGUGGCCAUUUCUCUUUCUUUCUGCCUAGGCUUCUAUUCCUCAAGGUCAGUUCAAACUCAUUUCAGUCUGAUCCUUUUUGUGUGUGUGACCUAACCUUUAUAGGAAUGACUUAUUUGAGAAAUGUUUACUGAGUGCAUAUUCUCUGCUAGGUUCUGUGUAUAUCAUAAUGAACAAAAAAAGGGUAAGAUCUUCUCUGUCUUUUGUACAAUAUUGUGAAUAUGUAAGAUUGAUAACUUAGUGUAACUUGUUUUUUCCUCUCUUUCUACACAAUUUAGCAUUUGGUUAUAUCUGAAUAUAAUUCACAUGUAUGCAUCUACACAAACCCUUACUGACUAAGCAUUUUGUCAAAAGAAUGAAAGUAUUUUAUAACUAUGUUCUAAAGAUCUUUUAUGGUAUGGUUUUUAAUAAAUGCUUGUGGAUUAAGAGUCUGUUGAACCUUAAGUAUUAAUUACAGCAGAGAUGUCCAGGAGCGGAAGAGUCACUGGACAGAUUCUAAAUCAAUGGAGAAAACGGCUUGCUUAUCCCUAGAACUUACUGUGAUCAGAAGAGCUGUAGAGAGAAGAUGGAACGGUCUUCCCAUUGGUCUAACUACUUGAGCCUGGGGCUUUGGUUCUCAACUUUGGCCAUGUAUUGGAAUCACCUGGGAGCUUUAAAAAAAUACUGAUUCCUAAGUCUCUCCCACUCCCCACCCCUCCUCUCCUCAAGUUUCUGACUUAAUUGGUAUGGAGUGUGGCCAGGACCAAGUGAUUAUAAUGUACAGCCAAGAUGGAGAACCACUGGCUUAGGAGAUAAUGACAGCAGUAUCAGUUAAAGAAAUUAGCAGAAGCCUUAUUUUGCUUAACUGUAUAUUUUGUCUAACUUAUCUUGUCUAACUGUAUAUAAUGUGUAUACUGAGAGGACCUGGGAACAGUGCCAUCCUGGCACUAAUGAGGACCCAUAGCUCAUUGACAGAAUUCUGACUGGUUAAGUCUGGGAAAUUUAGAGUAUCAAAAUAGAUAACUGUAGUAAUGGAUUAUAACGCACUGGAUAAAAUAGGGUUCCAUUAAUUUAGGCUCACAUAGGCAAAUAAAUGAGUAAAUUGAAAAUUUGAUAAGAAAAGGAUUAUAUAUACAGUCCCAAACUGAAAUCCUGCAAAAUAUUUAAUUACAAAGGGAAAAGGAGGAACAAAGUGAACAUUAUUAGUACUAGAACAAAUCAAAAUUGUAUGUCACCUGAUGGCACAUAAUGAGAAAAAAAAACCAUCACUUCUCUAAUACUCUUCCCAAAGAUGUAUAACCUGGAUCUAAUUAUGAGGAAACACCAGGCAACCCUGCACUGAGAGACAUUCUACAAAUAACUGACCUGUAAUAUCUUAUGCCAAGGUCAUACAAAUGAAGGAAAGACCCAAAUUAUUCUAAAAAAGAGAUACUACAACUAAAUGCAGUGCAUGGUUCGGAAUUGGAUCCUUUUACCAUAAAGGACAUUCAUUAUUAGUAUAAUUGACCAAACUUGGGGUAUGGGGCUUAGAUAGUAGAGAUGUACCAGUGUGCAUUUCCUGAUUUUGAUGAUUGUAUUGUGGUUAUGUGGGAGAAUAUCCUUGUUUGUAGGAAAUGCAAAGUAUAGAGUUAUUUAGCAAAUUACUCUCAAGUGGUUCAGGAAAAAAACCCACUCAUUGUAAUGUUCUUAUAACUUCUCUGUAAGUUUGAGACUGUUCAGGGUAGCCAUGAUUGUAUGGCUUACUUGGGAAUUACAUAGCUGUAUGUGAAGCCUCUCAGAAUGUUAAUUUUAUCAUGGCAGGGCAUGUGAAGUAGCACAUAUUUAUCUGGGCAUGAUAUUUUUCAUGGAAUACAUUUUCCAAGUUAUCAGAGCUUGUCAACUGAUAAAAUACUUUCUACCUGUUCCGAUGUCCUUUAUUUUCUGCCUCUUAAAAUUUUACUUGGUCUUGUCCCAUUUGGAUGACUAAUGGUCCUGGUUUUGUGAAUAUUUAUUAUUGUGUUCUGAAGUAAUAUCUAGGACUAGAUCCACUUUUAGCCUUUGGGGUUGUUUUGUUUUGCUCUUAUCUUUCAGUGUCUGGUUUUCAAUUCUGUUGAUGUCACAGUGUAUGUAUUUCAUAGUUUUCCAGUUCUCUUUCUAGUGUAUUAUUUCUAAUUUGUUACAGUUGCAAAGUCAAGAUCUGUGCUUUUUUCCCCCUUUUUAAUAUGUUAAUAAAAUUCUCUAUGAGACUAAGUAUAGAGAUUUUUAUCCUAGCAAUGGUUGUAUUCAUUGUACCUUUUUAAGCUUAAUGGCUAGGCUUCAAAGAGUUCUGAAAAGUGAAGUUACUAUAAAUAGAAGGUGACUUCUCUGUCAUUUAUUAACUUUUCUUAGAAUGUCAGAUGAAUUAAGAUAAUUUUAGAGGGAAAUCACUCUUUUUUUUUUCUUUCGAUUUCAGAGCUCCAGAGAUUAUAUUGGGGUUGCCAUUUUGUGAAGCCAUAGACAUGUGGUCAUUGGGAUGUGUGAUUGCAGAAUUAUUCCUUGGAUGGCCACUCUACCCAGGAGCCUUGGAGUAUGAUCAGAUUCGAUAUAUUUCUCAGACUCAAGGUUUACCAGGAGAACAGCUGUUAAAUGUGGGCACGAAAUCCACAAGAUUUUUUUGCAGAGAAACAGAUAUUUCUCAUUCUGGUUGGAGAUUAAAGACACUAGAAGAGCAUGAGGCAGAGACAGGAAUGAAGUCUAAAGAAGCCAGAAAGUACAUAUUCAACAGUCUGGAUGAUAUAGUGCAUGUGAACACAGUGAUGGAUUUGGAAGGAAGUGAUCUUUUGGCUGAGAAAGCUGAUAGAAGAGAAUUUGUUAGUCUGUUGAAGAAAAUGUUGCUAAUUGAUGCAGAUUUAAGAAUUACUCCAGCUGAGACUUUGAACCAUUCUUUUGUUAAUAUGAAACAUCUUCUAGAUUUCCCUCAUAGCAACCAUGUAAAGUCCUGUUUUCAUAUUAUGGAUAUUUGUAAGUCCCACCCAAAUUCAUGUGACACAAAUAAUCACAAUAAAACUUCACUUUUAAGACCAGUUGCUUCAGGCAGUACCGCUAACCUGACAGCAAAUUUUACUAAAAUUGGCACAUUAAGAAAUCAGGCGUUAACCACGUCCGCUCACUCCGUUGGGCACCAUGGAGUUCCUCUGCAGGCCGGAACUGCUCAUUUCGGUUGUGGUGACGCUUUUCAGCAGACGCUGAUUAUCUGUCCCCCAGCUAUUCAAGGUAUUCCUGCAACACAUGGUAAACCCACUAGUUAUUCAAUAAGAGUAGAUAAUACGGUUCCACUUGUAACUCAGGCCCCAGCUGUACAGCCACUACAGAUCCGACCAGGAGUUCUUUCUCAGCAGACGUGGUCCGGUAGAACACAGCAGAUGCUGGUACCUGCCUGGCAGCAGGUAACACCCAUGGCUCCGGCUACUACUGCGUUAACUUCUGAGGGUAUGGCUGGCUCACAGAGGCUUGGAGACUGGGGGAAAAUGAUUUCACACAGUAAUCAUUAUAACUCAGUGAUGCCACAACCUCUUCUAACCAAUCAGAUAACUUUAUCGGCCCCGCAGCCAAUUAGUGUGGGCAUUGCACAUGUUGUCUGGCCUCAGCCUGCCACUGUAAAGAAAAAUAAACUGUGCCAGAACAGAGGUAUUUUGGUAAAACUAAUGGAAUGGGAGCCAGGAAGAGAGGAAAUAAAUGCUUUCAGUUGGAGUAAUUCAUUGCAGAAUACGAAUGUCCCACAUUCAACAUUUAUUUCUCCAAAGAUAGUAAAUGGGAAAGACAUUGAAGAAGUACGUUGUAUAGAAACACAGGACAAUCAUAACUCAGAAGGAGAAGCAAGAGAUUGUUGUGACACCUCUGUCAGGCAGGAGUCUGAUUCAUCGGUUUCUGACAAGCAGCGGCAAACCAUCAUCAUUGCUGACUCCCCAAGUCCUGCAGUGAGUGUGAUUACUAUUAGCAGUGACACUGAUGAGGAGGAGACAUCGCAGAGACACUCACUCAGAGAAUGUAAAGAUAGUCUAGAUUGUGAAGCUUGCCAGAGCACUUUGAAUAUCGAUCGGAUGUGUUCGCUAAGCAGUCCUGAUAGUACUCUGAGCACCAGCUCCUCGGGGCAGUCCAGCCCAUCCCCGUGCAAGAGACCGAACAGUAUGUCAGAUGAAGAACAGGAAAGUGGUUGUGAUACUGUGGAUGGCUCUCCAACAUCAGACUCUUCGGGACAUGACAGUCCAUUUGCAGAGAGGAACUUUGUGGAGGACGCUCGUCAGAACCCGGAACUGGUAACCUCUGCCAAUACGGAAACCAAACCAGCUGUUUGUACUGUUGUGGUGCCACCGAUGGGACUAGAGAAUGGAUUAAAUGCUGAUGAGCAUAUGGCAAACACAGAUUCUGCCUGCCAGCCAUUAGUAAAAGGACGAUCAGCUCCUGGAAGAUUAAACCAGCCUUCCACAGCAGGUAAUCGCCAGCAGAAAUUGACAUCCGCAUUCCAGCAACAGCAUUUGAAUUUCAGUCAGGUUCAGCACUUUGGUUCUGGGCAUCAGGAGUGGAAUGGAAACUUCGGACAUCGAAGACAGCAAGCUUAUAUCCCCACUAGCGUUACCAGUAAUCCAUUCACUCUUUCUCAUGGAAGUCCCAAUCACACAGCCGUGCAUGCCCAUCUGGCUGGAAAUGCACAUCUUGGAGGACCGCCUACUCUACUUCCAUACCCAUCAUCAGCUACCCUCAGUAGUGCUGCACCGGUGGCCCACCUCUUAGCCUCUCCAUGUACCUCAAGACCUAUGUUACAGCAUCCAACUUACAGUAUCUCUCAUCCCAGUGGCAUAGUUCACCAAGUCCCAGUGGGCAUAAAUCCCCGCCUGUUACCAUCCCCAACCAUUCAUCAGACUCCGUACAAACCAAUCUUCCCACCACAUUCUUACAUUGCAGCAUCACCUGCAUAUACUGGAUUUCCAUUGAGUCCAACAAAACUCAGCCAGUAUCCAUAUAUGUGAAAACUCCAAAAGAGUAUAUUGAGGAAGCUCAAUGAUAUAAACAUUUGAUUAAAAAUAAAAACAUGGUAUUUAAUAAAUAUUAGCCAUGGCACAAGAAAAUUAUUUUUGAAUCAUGUAGACUUGGGUGCAAUUUAAACAACUUUGAGCUUUAAAAAAAAAAAAACAAAACUCACUUUUAAUGUGUUUUGCACAUUUGGUAUAACUUGUCUUUGGUCAUGUUAUCUUCUUAUGUAGUAACUCUAGACAGGUGACUUAUGGGAGCAGAAGUCCAGUUUUGCUCCUGCUAUUUUUUAUAAAAUUGCCUUCUAACUAGUGCAAGACACAUCCACAUUUGGGAAGCCAUUCUGUGUACAGACUUAGAGCAACAGAUGCACAUAUGUCAGAAUUACAGCAUACAAGUGAAUUGUAUUAUCUGUGUCUUAGUGUAUAAAUGUUGGGUCACUUACCUAAGAAAUUGAGCUAUUGUUCUUUACAUUUGCAUGUGUCUCUGCAUGGGCAAAAUGUUGCCUAGACUUUGCUCUUAAAUGUUGUUCUAAUAAUCUCAGCUGCAUUGUAAACCGUUCCCACACAUAGUGCCUUAAAUAUUUGAGGUUGUUGAUGUUAUUACCUAUAUAUAAAUGUUGAGGACUGCAGCACUUAAAUUCAGAUCUACUCUUUAGUUUCCUUUUGAUAGAGUAAUGUUCAUUUUUGGUUUUGUGUGGUAUGAUUUCAGGUCGUAGCUGUUUUUUCCUUACUAAGAGGGCAGCAUGUUUGCUAUAGCUGAAUUCUGCUGUCUGAUUUUUCAGAAUGAUCUAGCUUCAAGAAAAGCAAGCAGUUAGUAGUGCUUAAGAAAAAUUGAUUCAGUAUCUAAUGGAUAGUUGAUAUCUGUCACAACACAGCAUUUUAUAUACUGUUAAGUGAAACUGCAAUACAAUCUAAGUUUAUUUUGGGAGUGUUUGCUGUAUAAUUGGAUUUAAUGAAAUGUUUAGAGGUGAAGUAGGCAUGACUUUGAGUAGAUAAUGAAAGAAAACGCAAAAUGCUUAUUGAUUCAUGAUGUGGUUUCAUCCUAGCUUGGGCAAACCAUGCAGUAUUUAAUAAAUAGUAGCAGAAUAUUUACUAUUGAAGCUUGAAAAGAUGUGAGUUCUUUGUGUGCAAUCUUUCAUUUAUGCAUGUGAGAGGGCUUUUUGUUUUUGUUUUUUUUUUUAAUAUUUUUACAUUGUAGUACUUGUUUUGCUUGUUGGUGGUGUUUGCUUAUUUAAUACAUUCCGUCAGGGACAGAGAUUACAUGCUUUUUUUUUCCCCUAGGAAGUGUGUCUUGGGUUUUUCCCUUAUUCUUUUCUUUUCUUUUUUCUUCUUUUUUGGUGGUGGUGGUGGUUAUGUUUAAAUGAAGUUGCUUUUACAGCACCAAAGACUUAAUCAUCCAUUUCCUAUAUAAAAGGUAGCUACUUUUUUGCAUAGACCUCAAGUAUAUUGUAGUAUAGAGGUGGACUUUAAGGAAAGGUAUUAAACAGGCUGUGUUUUAGCUUAUGGGCAAGUAAUAAAUUGUAUCAUUUAUCUUGAAUGUAUCAUAGAUAAGCUGCUAUAUAACGAUUGCCACUUCAGAUAGCUGUGAAAUUAGGUGAUUAACUAGUUGUUACUUAGCCUUCUAAUUUCUGUAUAAGUCUAAUUACAUGAAAUAGAAGUUGGGGUUUUGAUUUUUUACUUUGCUUUUCUGUUUGGAGUGUCAUUGUAACUACUGUAUUGUAAAUGAUGGAAAAUAAUUGCAUAUGUUAUUUUGGGGUGUGUUAUUUGCAUCAGUAUUUUAUCUCUAUUAAUGUUUGUGCUCAUCACUGCAUAUAAAAAACUUGGAUGUAUCAAUGUAACUUAAUUUUUUAUUUUCAUACUGGCAUUGUAGACACUUGAGAAAGCUGUAUCUUGCAGGCUUGACUUAACUUUUUUUCCUUAAAAAUCUGGAAUAUAAUCUUACAGCAUUUACUGGAAUAAACAGUACAAAGCAUUUGAGUGUAAAAACUCUCCAAAUGUUUUGGAUUUACAGCAUUUCUUUGAUGAAUGAAUUGCGUACCACUAGUACAGCUCUAAUACAGCGUUGACAAUAAGCUAAUAAUGGAUAAACUUUUCUUUACUCCAUUAACACAAGCAGUGUUUUAUUUAAUAAUCAUCAAUGAAAUAAAUGUGCCUGAAAUUGAUUUUAAAAAUUACAGUAUUAGAUCAUAAAAUAAAAACCAGCAGUACAUUUUUAGUCACACUGAAAAUGAAGGACUUAAUUUUCCCCACAAGUUUCAGUGUUUUUAGUAAUCAAUUCUAUGCAUUUUAUAUAAAUAGAAAUAUAUAUACAUAUAUAUAUUACACAUAAAAAAGAGGAGUAGCCUAAGAUUAAUUUAAAAGAUUAUUUACAGAUGGCAAAUUUAUGGAGUCACUAUUUAAGUAAACUUGCUGCCCUCCACAGCUUAUUAAUUUUAUUUAUACGGUCCAGCAGGUCACUGGUGUCUGCUCACUUCUUGGAACAGAAUCCACACUGGCAGCGCAUGUUUCGGAAACCCCGAGUGCAAAGGAUCGAUUUAUGUUUGUACAGUAGGUACAAAACUGGCGCAGUUUUAGUUUCAUUCAGGGCCACGUUUACUACCCUGAAAUGUCGGAUUUUCUGUAUUUCAGUUCCAAGACUCUGACAGUCUUGUUAAAUAAACAGUAAAUGUUUUCGUAAUGUAAUAGUAAGGUGUGGUAAUGGCGUACCCCCAGCUAAGUACUCUGCUCUUAACUGAUUCUAAUCACGGGUUUUUUAACGUGUUUAAGAAUUAAAAAUUUCAAAAUCCUGCCAACGUCUAAAUUCAACAAACUGACAAGAAUUUGGAUGUAUACCCUCUUUAAAACCAUUUGACGAGUUUUCUUUGGUUUUACUGCUUUCUUAAAUAAAACACUGCAUGAUUCCAAGUUGCAUAUUUGCAUACUGUUUUAACUUGCAGAUUUAUUAUUAUUUGUUUUUUUUUACCCAAUGCCCUGAUAAUUUAGUUUUCUUUUCCUUCAGGGUGUUUAAAUAUGUUACUGUAGUAGCAAAGCCUUUUCACUUUUUAAAAUCUCUACUACUAAUUUUAAUCUUGGUUUGUGUUGAGUAAAAGUUAAAUCAUACACUGCAAGGUGUAGGAAGAUUUGUUUUAAUGAACCCAAUGAUACAGAUUUGAUUACUAAGUUUGAACUGUUAACUGUUUAACAAUUUUAGACUUGUGGCUUUCUUUCUUUGGUUUUGUUUUUGCUUUUACUUCUAUGCUACACUAGUUUGCCAUGUAGCAAUUGCACUGUGCAAUAUUACAAUAAGGACUGGGAAAAUUUUUAUGGAUGUAAUGUCUAUUACGGUUUGCGCUAGUAUUUCUCUCUAGUUCUCAGUGAUUUAAAUGUGACCAAGCCUUCUGUACUUUGUCACAAAAAGCGGGUUUUCCAGGUGACUAUUUUGGUGAGUGUCAAAAUAAGAAUUUAUGGUGUAUUAAUGUCGAUUCACUUUGAAUUAAAAUAUAUAUAUUGCAGCAAACAGCAUGUUGACUUUUUGUCCACCCCAGUACUGCUUUACGGGGGAGGGAAGGAAAAGGUUAGUGGUGCUCAGGAUUUAACCUACAUCAUCGCAUUUAAUUCUCAGAACCACCGUGCGAUAGGUACUGUUGUCUUCACCAUUAUAUAAAUGAAGAAAUAGGUUCAGAAUAUCUAGGGGAGUUGUCCAGGGCCCCACUGCUGAGUGGUGAAACUGAUACAUGAGCCAGGCUGUCUAACUGUAACUAAUCUACUUUCUGCCAGUUCUUUGUAAACUGACGUCUGAGACAGUGUGCCAGAAGUACCGCACCCACAGUAUAACCACGACCCACUUCCCUUUAAUCUUAUUUCUUUGAAUAUUUUCUGAGGGAAAUAUUUGUGUUUAAUAUGUGUGGGUGAGGGGUGCCUGGGUGGCUCAGUCGGUUGAGCGAAUGACUUUGGCUCAGGUCACGAUCUCGCGGUCCGUGACUUCGAGCCCCGCGUCGGGCUCUGUGCUGACAGCUCAGAGCCUGGAGCCUGUUUCAGAUUCUGUGUCUCCCUCUGUCUCUGACCCUCCCCCGUUCAUGCUCUGUCUCUCUCUGUCUCAAAAAUAAAUAAACAUUAACAAAAAAAAAUUAAAAAUAUGUGUGGGUGAAGAAUAGGGAAUUCACAUGGAUUUCUAAGAUGUACAACAUGAGACUUCAAAAGAAUGUAGUUGUCGUAGGCCACUUUACAUUAUGUCCUCAAAUACUGUCCUUAUACUGUAAGGAUUAAAUUUCGGGGGAGCAUCAGUAGGAGAGGUUUGUGGGGAGCAUUCUACCAGAGCACACCCAGAAUUCAUAUUCUCAAUCUUUCAACAAAUCUUUAAUUGACAUAUAACAUAUAUGCAUUUUGGUGUCUGGUUUUUUUU